AUGGCUUCAGCUUUUCCUAAAUUGCCAGGUUUUGUGCCCACCCAAGAAUUAGAUGUAACACCCCCAUUUAUCAUCAUAAGAAACCCAACUUCAGAAAGGUCUCGGCUGUCAAACAAGAUCAAAACAGAGAAAUCGUAACUAAAUUGAAAUUCUAAUCUUUUUUUAUAGAAACAACUGCCAAAUAAAGAAUACCCAGUACCUCGCAAAUUACCAACACAAGUACCCUCUCAAACAGGAAUGUUCAACCCCGAUUACUUAAGCACAACUCAUGCCAUGCAUUUACCAAAGGUAUGUCUUCUAAUCAGUUACAUCCCCUAAGAAUUCCAACAAUGAUUCAGAAGAGCUCUACCAACCAAGUUGGGUCAAAAUGGACAGACACGUCCUCAGAUUCAGUGGCUUCUUCAAAGAAGCUGUCGUUGAGUCAGCCCUAGAAAACUACAGAAUUCGCAAACUAACCAUAUUUUACUACUUGGAAGACCAUUCAAUCAGCAUUACCGAACCCAAACAAGAAAAUAGCGGUGUUCCUUAAGGAGCAUUCCUUAAAAGAUAGAAAGUAAAAACAGCUCCCUAAGCAUAUUUAAGGUUUUGAGGGCUGAUGGUUCAAAAACAUUCAUCAUCCCAGAAGAUUUCAGAAUCAAUUAGGACAUUGAGAUAUUUGGCAAAACAAUUCGACUUUAUGAUUGCGAUCAAUACACAAGAGAAUUUUAUGAGGUUUCCUUAUUGUCCUAAAUUUCUUAUAGGGAAUUGGACAACCUCAAGAACAAUCCUUCAGUCCUUAAUCAGACUCAUUUGAAACAAAGACCAUGACUAAGUAUAUUCCCCAAAAGGAUACUGUCAUGAAAGACUACCUGGAACAUAAAUUAGGAGGAGGAAGAGUUACAUCUCAAAAGCAAUUCCUAGAAAACGAUAGGAAGGUAUUAGGAUUCAUCCCUACUCAAGGUUCUUAAAUUCUACGUGUUCUCUGAUAUUGAAUAUGUCUUACAUUACUAUCUGGCUGAUGAUACCAUUGAAAUAAAGGAGAUUAAUUCAGCCAACUCAGGAAGAGUUCCAUUCCCCAUGAUGUUGAGAAGGUAGAAAUUACCCAGGAAGUUCUCUCUCAAUCAACCUGGAUAAACAUAUGCUGAAGAUUUCAUUAGGCCUCAGGAUAUUCAAUUUGGAUAGCCAUUGAUAAUUUACAAUAGAAAAUUUGCAAUUCAAGGUUGCGAUCCCUUCACAAGAUAUUAUUAUUAAGAAAAAUUCAAUGUUGAUUUUCCUUUGGGAGGCCAAGAAGAAUAAUAAAUGGAAUAAAGAUCAAGUAUUGGUUAUUACUAAUUUAUUUAGACAUUAUCAUUCCUCCUCAUAAUGGCAUUGGGGAUGAACAAGAUUCUUUAGGAUACAUUUACAGACUGUAGCCUAAACCACCCAAAAAAGAUUUCUUUAAAUGGGUUGACAAUCAAGUCAAUCUGAGAUUUUUGGCCAUGUUCAACACUACAAAACCCGAAGAUAAAGACAGGUAUUAUAUUGAAUUUAGCUUUAGAGUUUUCGUCAUAACUUAUUUUCUAAAUGAUGAUAGCCUUUUAGUUUAUGAACCAACUGUUAGAAAUUCUGGUAUGUUUCUAAAUCAUUAAUUUGAUAGGCAUUCCAGAUGGCAAAUUCUUGGAGAAAAGAAAAUACAAAAACGCUAAUAAUAAUAAUGAGUUUUUCUCGCCCAAAGAUUUAAUUGUAGGCAACGAAGUUUAGAUCAAUGGUUGGAAAUUCUAAUUACUUGAUUGUGAUGAGUUCACUAAAAAGUGGUAUGCUGAUAAUUUUAAAUGACA